UUGUUGGCUAUUCGGGUGUCAGUUCUCGGCUGUCUGUUACAACGGGAAGUCGCAUUUGAGUGUAAUGAAAGUGAUUUGAAAUUAGACUGCUUUUAAAUUUUGUAAAGAAUACUGUGGAUGUCAAGAAAGUUUAUAAUAAUGCUUUUGUUCCUUGUAAUAACCAUUUUAGUUCCUGGUAGUCUUCAACAAGUCAGUGUCAUUUCGGACAUUCUACAGAACUCGAACUUACAUCCGUACAAUAUUGCCCCCCCAUUAGCGGUUUUCCAGCCGCGUGCCCACGUUCCGGAGAACGAGAUACCUCAUGGGUAUGCAGCGCAAUUGGACCCUUAUAUUUCUCCGUACUGGGCUGACAGUCAAGGUAGGCAACCCAGCGCUGUCCCGGCCCUAAAUUUAGACAUCUUCAAGCCUCAAGAGAUUCAGUGCAACAGGCCAGUCGAGCCCUGCAAUGCCAGUUGGCCGUAUCGAUCGAUGAGUGGCUUUUGCAAUAAUGUUAUCAACCCCGAAUUUGGAGCCGCCGGCCAGCCUAUGCCCCGCAUACUACCUCCAGUUUUUGACGAAGGGCUGAUACGCCUUCGUAGUAUUACAGGAGACUUGCUUCCUAACCCCCGCACUGUUAGUUUAGGUAUUCGGAAAGUCCCCAAAAGAGCGCAAACUGACCAUAACGUUAUGGUGAUGCAGAUGGGCCAGUUUGUCGACCAUGACUUCGCAGUUGUUGCUGAAGUAACCGAUCCAGGAAAUGUCCCCAAAAAAUGUUCGAGUUGCACUUCUUGGAAGGAUCCUGGAUGUGCUCCAAUCCCAAUUCCACACGAAGAUCCUUUUAUUCCCCCAAGGACAUUUGCUACUGGGGAGCCCUCGUGCUUGCCUUUCACCAGAAAUGUUGCUGUAACUGGGCGUGAUCAAAACGGACAGCCCAUUCUAAACCAAGUUAACUCCCUAACUGCUUUUCUAGAUCUCUCGACGGUCUAUGGUAGUGACGAAUGUCGAGACAAGGAUCUGAGGUGUUUCAAUUCCGGGCAUCUUAUGGAACUGAAACAGCCAAGUACAAAUUUCCUGAAAGGACUCCCACCACUUGAUGACGGCCGUAGGUUCUCGGAGUGCCGUUCCAAGGAAAGAAAGUGCUUCAGGACGGGUGAGGACAGGAAUAACGAACACAUGGGGAUACUGGCUGCCCACGUAAUAUUCUUGAGGGAACAUAAUCUCAUAGCUUCGCAACUAAAGCAUAUUAAUCCACACUGGGAUGACUCCAGGCUAUAUCAGGAGGCUCGUAAAAUCAACAUAGCCCAAUAUCAGCAUAUUGUUUAUAGUGAAUUUUUACCGGCCCUCAUCGGAAGUCAGAAGAUGACGGACUACAGAUUACACCCUGAAAAGAGUGGUUACUACUUGGAUUACAACAAUCGUGUUAACCCUGGAGUCUUGAACGAAUUCAGCACGGCAGCUUUUCGAGUUGGACAUACAAUGGUUCCCGGACAUUUUCCUUUACUCGACAAGAACUUCUUGCCCACUGGAUCAUUACCGCUUCUGGAGGCUUUCCAUAACAUAUCGAUGACUUUCGUGCCGGGAAUGUGCGACUCACUAAUUAGAGGUCUAUUAGGUACGAGGUUAAACGGAAUGGAUAUGAACGUUGAUGAGGUGUUGAUAGAUAAACUGUUUGAAAGAAGGGGCGUACUGCAUUCAGGGCAGGACUUAGUUUCAAGAAAUAUUGCCAGAGCACGUGACCACGGCAUACCCCCAUUCGUCAAGUACAAAGCAGCUUGCGGCGGGGGCGUGGCUUCGAAAUUCGAGGACCUCAGGAGGACCAUGAGUCAAAACGCCAUCAAUGCCUUGAGGCAGAUUUAUGCUCAUGUCGACGACAUAGACCUGUUUGUUGGAGGAUUGGCAGAAGACCCCGUGCCUGGAGGACUCGUUGGUCCAACAUUUGCUUGCAUUAUUGCCUAUCAGUUCUUAAAUGCUAGACGUGGUGACAGAUUUUGGUAUGAAAAUCCUGAAGGUGGAUUUACGCCGGCGCAGCUGCAUGCCAUCAGAAGCUCGGCCUCUUUCGCGAGAGUGUUGUGUGACACUAUGGACCACGAAAGCAAAGAUCCCUGCUCGCGAAAUCCGAAGGAGAGCGUCAUUCCUCUGAGGGCCUUUUUCAUCCCGUCCCAUGUGGAAAAUCCCCUGUGGCGAUGUGACAGAAUACAGUCGGUGGACUUCUCUCUGUGGGCCGAAAAUCACAUCAAGGAACCAGUUGCCUGCUCAUAUUUAGGCACUGUUUAUCAGUGGAAUAAGUUCGUCCAGGUUUCGCCAUGUUUAAUUUGUAUUUGCCAGAUCGACGGUGAGUUGAAAUGCGAGCCCAACUUGAAAGGGUGUGCUGCCAAUAGCAGGGAUGAGUUUUGCCUGUCCCUCUGCUACGAAACUACUUCCAACCUCAUUUAGGAAGUAGAGGAUUGGUUCAGGAUGAUGAGGACUGAUUUUGUAUAUAUGUAAAAUAAAAGUAUUUUAUUGAA